CAAAACCUUAGCUCGGGAAGUGCAAUUUUUCCUGCGCCAUCUUCUGCACGCGCGCACUCGUUUGGCUAUCUCGACACCUUUCAAGCCAGAUCGUUCAAAAUGGCGGUUGCAGUGGCUAAGGAUGAGAUGGACUACACGAUUAAGCCCGAGGCUAGUGCCUCUAACAUCGAUACGUCGGAGUGGCCGCUUCUACUGAAGAAUUAUGACAAGCUUCUUGUCAGGACCGGUCACUUCACCCCGAUUCCGGCAGGCUGCUCUCCCCUCAAGCGUGACCUGAAGUCGUACAUCAACUCCGGUGUCAUCAAUCUCGACAAGCCCUCGAAUCCUUCCAGUCACGAAGUUGUCGCUUGGAUGAAGAGGAUCUUAAGAGCGGAGAAAACGGGCCACAGCGGAACCCUCGAUCCUAAGGUCACUGGUUGCUUAAUUGUCUGCAUUGACCGUGCCACUCGUCUGGUCAAGUCUCAGCAGGGUGCAGGAAAGGAGUAUGUCUGUGUAAUUCGUCUUCACGAUAAAAUCCCCGGCGGCGAGGCCCAGUUCAAGAGGGCACUUGAGACCUUGACUGGUGCUCUUUUUCAGCGCCCCCCUUUGAUCUCAGCCGUUAAGCGUCAGCUCCGUAUCCGAACAAUUCAUGAGAGCAAGCUUUAUGAGUUCGACAAUGACAGACAUCUUGGUGUCUUCUGGGUCAGCUGCGAGGCUGGAACAUACAUCCGAACCCUCUGUGUCCACCUUGGUCUCCUUCUUGGAGUCGGUGCGCAUAUGCAGGAACUUCGACGUGUGCGCAGUGGUGCCAUGGACGAGAACAGUGGCAUGGUGACUCUGCACGACGUCUUGGAUGCGCAAUGGAUGUAUGACAAUCAACGCGAUGAGUCUUAUCUCCGCAGGGUCAUCAGACCUUUGGAGACCCUUCUCACCACAUACAAGCGUAUUGUUGUCAAAGAUAGUGCCGUCAAUGCUGUUUGCUAUGGUGCUAAGCUCAUGAUUCCCGGCCUUCUUCGCUUUGAGGCCGGUAUCGACGUCAAUGAGGAAGUGGUACUCAUGACUACCAAGGGUGAGGCGAUCGCUAUCGGUAUUGCUCAGAUGUCCACCGUCGAACUGUCCACCUGCGACCACGGUGUUGUUGCGAAGGUCAAGCGGUGCAUCAUGGAGCGUGACCUCUACCCUCGUAGGUGGGGUCUAGGACCCGUGGCUUUGGAAAAGAAGAAGCUCAAAUCUGCUGGGAAGCUGGACAAAUACGGUCGUACCAACGAGGCUACUCCCGCCAAGUGGAAGAGUGAUUACAAAGACUACAGCGCUCCCGAGGAAGCUUCUGCUCAGCCAGCAACUGAGCCCGCCACGAACGACGACCUGGUUCCUACUGAGGUACCAUCAUCUCCUCAGACAAAGAUGGAGGUCGAUGAAAUCAACGACGAUGAGAAGAAACGUAAACGGCAUGAGGGUGAGACCGCCGAGGAGCGCGCCGAGCGCAAGCGCAAGAAGAAGGAGAAGAAGGAGAAGAAGGAGCGAAGGAAGUCUAAGUCGAAGGAAGAAAGCGAUGACAGUGAUUAGAUCCCUCCGGCACUUACAUGGACCUGGCCCCGGAUGCUGCAGUGUUCCGGACGUGACGCUUUUGCCUCCGCUUCUCGCUGGUCACAGAAGUCGUGUUCGGUUCGGAGCAUCGCUCAGGCAGGAAUCCUGUAACAUACUUGUUUCUUUGUACCGGAGUCCUGGGUUUGAAAAGGGAAUCAAUUAUCAAAUACAUGUUUAUUGGUCUUUUAUUUGUUCGCAGUUCUUGAAAGGAUAUAGCAUUUUACCAG